AAGUCAAGAAGAAUGAUACCCAUUACUUUCUUGAGUCUCUAUGUCUCUCUCAAUUCUCAAAGCUUGCAACUCUGUUCAUUAGCCACUCUUCUUUACUUUCACUAAAUUCAGUUCCCAAGAUUUUCUUUAGGGUUUUACUUCCUUUUUUUUUUUUUUGUUUCUCUGAUAAUUGUUACAUUUAAUGGAAACUAGUAACAAGAGAUCAUUAGCUGAAGAGGAUGACAAGAAUUGUAAUAACAACCUUAACAGCAAAUUUGAUCCUCCUCUUCCUCUUGUAAAGGUUGGUGAAUCAAGUGAAAUAGUAGAAGAACUACAACUCUGCGAACGGCAAAGACAACAAAAUCUACUUGUGGAAGUACCGGAAAGAACCGUUGAUGGACCAAUAGAGGAUUUUGUGAGGAUAAACAUGUUGUCCCCGUCGCCAACUCAAACUCCCAAAAGAGUGAAUUUUUCUCCAUUACCAAGCCCAAGCCAUGUUAAAGUAAACGGAUCUCCAGGCCCCUCGUUAUCGAGGGCUAAAUCGUCAAUCAAAUCUCUCCUUCCUAAAUUAAGUUUCAAAUUCCGGAAUAGGACGACUGAUAUUGAAAAGGCUGCAAUGUUAGCUCUGGGAGCCUCUCCGCAAACUCAGGACAGGCCUUUGAUUUUCAGGACUCUAUCUGUUAAAAGGAUUUUCACUCCAAAGAUGAAAAGAACUUCAUCGUUGCCUGUAACUCCAAUUGAACACUCUAAUCCUGAAUCAACGCAUAGUGGCUACGGAAAUACAGCAUUCGAUUCAGUUAAAGCAGGAGCUAGACAUCCCAUACCUCGCUCACAUUCAGUGCCUACACUAAUCAAAGAUGGGACCAUAAAACAGAUGGAUUACAUAGGGAGCAUCUAUCGUGUAGUCCCCUCUACUCCUCACGUGCCAAGACAUGAUGCUUCAUCAUUAAAUGCGACUCCAACUCUUAGCGCAGAUGGAAAUGCUAAUAUUGGUGAAGACAUCACUCAAGAAGAUGCUGUCUGCAGAAUCUGCUUCGUUGAACUUGGGGAGGGUUCGGAAACUUUGAAGAUGGAAUGUAGCUGUAAAGGUGAACUAGCCUUAGCUCAUCAAGAAUGUGCUAUAAAAUGGUUUAGCAUAAAAGGCAACAAGAUCUGUGAUGUCUGCAACGAAGAGGUUCUGAACUUACCUGUCACUCUUUUGCGGAUUCAAAGUACUAAUCGUAGAGGAAAUGGACCUCAAGCUGAAGCUGGACGAUACAGGGUUUGGCAAGAUGUUCCUGUUCUUGUCAUCGUCAGCAUGCUUGCCUACUUUUGUUUUCUGGAGCAGCUUUUGGUUACCAGAAUGGGAUCGGGCGCCAUUGCUAUAUCUCUGCCUUUUUCAUGCAUAUUGGGUCUCUUUGCUUCCAUGACAUCGACAACUAUGGUAAUAAGACGAUAUGCUUGGAUUUAUGCUGUCAUUCAGUUUGGCUUGGUGGUUCUGUUUGCUCAUGUUUUCUACUCAGUGCUUCGAGUGCAAGCAGUUUUAUCGAUUCUUCUUGCCACCUUUGUGGGUUUUGGGGGUACAAUGUGUGGGACUUCUAUUCUUCUUGAGCUUUUGAAAUUGAGGAGGAGAUGGAAUUCGCAACGUGAAUCUCAGGAAGGGACGCGUCCAAAUCAAUCAUCUGAAGUUAGUCCGGCGCCCCAGGUGGAAAGCCAACUGCAUGGAGCUGAAGCUGGUACUUCUGGAGCUGCGCAUGGAAGCUGAACGCAAGGAACAGAUAAUCUACUUAUAUUCAAGAUUAAAACAGUUUCCGUCUCGUGUAAGAAAAUCAUUGGAGUGUAUAGCUAGUCGUUGCAAGUCACAACUGUACAGUUUUGAGUUACGCGGCUGGUUCAUUGUUCCAGCAGAUAGGUAGUGCUUGAAAGAGAAACUGAAAUAAUGUAAAUAUCAGAAUGUAACUAAGAUUGAUUUUCUCCUUUCCUUUUUUGUUAAAAAUGUAAUAUUGUAUCUUUCCUCCUACUUUUCUAUUCGAUUGCUUGGCACAUCUUUGUUCACAUGUUA